AUGGACUCAGUCGACGACGCGUUGUAUCGGGCGGAACGCGAAGCGUCGUACCGCAACCGCGCAAGCCACGAGGUGGAGAGGGUCAACACGGCAACGUCGGAAUCGAGCAUCUCUACGUCAGGAGAUGACGACGGUAGAGGGAGCGGCACGGUCCGCAGCCGCAACGGCCACGCCAACCACAGCAACGUGAGCCGCAUCUCGACGCAGAACGACCUGGAGCGGAACCCGACGGAGCUGAGCCGGAUCGCCACGCAGCGCAGCCAGCACCACAGCACGGUGGGUACGGAGCUGCGCAGCCGCGUGAGCACGCGGCGCCGCGAGGGUCCCAUACCCCCCAUGGGCGCCGGCAAGCCUUACCCUCCCCCCCUGCCGGACUCGGAGGAGUACGUGGUCGAGUUCGACGGGCCCGACGACCCGCUGCACUCGCAGAACUGGCCGCUGCGGAAGAAGAUGCUGACGGCGGCCAUGCUGGGGUACACCACCAUGACCUCCGCCUUCACCUCCUCCAUCUUCUCGAGCGCGACCUCGGUGGUGGCGGCCGAGUACGGCGUCGGCACCGAGGUCGGGCUGCUGGGCACCACCUUCUACGUCAUCGGCUUCGCCACCGGGCCGACGCUCUGGGCCCCGCUGUCGGAGCUCAAGGGCCGCCGGCUGCCCAUCAUCCUGGCCAUGUUCGGCUUCUCCGUCUUCAGCAUCGGCUGCGCCACCGGCAAGGACAUCCAGACCAUCCUCAUCUGCCGCUUCUUCUCGGGCUUCUUCGGUGCCUGCCCGCUCUCCGUCGUCGCCGCCGUCUUCUCCGACAUGUUCGACAACCGGACCCGCGGCAUAGCCAUCACCGUCUUCAGCAUGGCCGUCUUCACCGGCCCCCUGCUCGCGCCCUUCAUCGGCGGCUUCAUCGUCACGUCCUCCCUCGGCUGGCGCUGGACGGAGUACCUGGCCUCCAUCAUGGGCUUCGUCUCCUUCCUCCUCGACCUCUUCUUCCUCGAGGAGACGUACCCGCCCGUCAUCCUCGUCCAGAAGGCCUCGGACCUGCGCCGCCGCACCAAGAACUGGGGCAUCCACGCGAAGCAGGAGGAGAUCGAGGUCGACUUCCGCGAGCUCGUCUCCAAGAACUUCUCCCGCCCCCUCCGCAUCCUCUUCACCGAGCCCAUCGUCCUGCUCCUCUCCAUCUACAUGAGCUUCAUCUACGGGCUGCUCUACCUCUUCCUCACCGCCUACCCCCUCGUCUUCGUCGGCGUCCACGGCUUCAGCGCCGGCAAGUCUGGCCUCACCUUCUUCGGCAUGAUCACCGGCCAGUUCAUUGCCGGUGCCGUCGUCCUCGCCCAGCAGCCGUGGUAUAACCGCAAGCUCACGGCCAACAAUGGUGUCCCUAUCCCCGAGUGGCGUCUCCCCAGCAUCAUCGCCGGUGGCAUUUCUUUUGCCAUCGGUCUUUUCUGGUUUGGAUGGACCGGCUACACCAGCGACAUCCACUGGGCCGUACCCGCCGCGUCCGGCAUCUUCUCCGGCUUCGGUCUCAUGUCCAUCUUCCUCCAGGCCCUCAACUACCUGGUAGACGCCUACCUCAUGUUUGCCGCCUCGGCCAUUGCCGGCAACACCUUCAUGCGAUCCCUCGUCGGAGCCGUCUUCCCGCUGUUUGCGCGCCAGAUGUUCGAGGGCAUGGGCAUCCAGUACGCCAGCACGCUGCUGGGCGGCAUCGCCGUCGUCCUCGUGCCCAUCCCCUUCGUCUUCUACUUCUACGGCGCUAGGAUCCGCUCGGGGAGCAAGCUCGCUCCCACGUUUGGGGCCGCGGCCGUGGUCAGCAACCAGGAUGCCGCCGAGGAGCGGCGGGGGAGUAGCUCUCACGGAAACGGUCAGAUCCAGAAGGAGGGCCGGGGUGAGAAGCAGGAUGAUGUUGCCGGUGCUCAUGCGGCUCGGAAGGAGAGUGAUAAUGGUGCGCCUAGGCAGAACGUGUAA